ACCCACAACUGCACCAGCAACAACUGCAGCACCUACAACUGCUGCACCAACAAAUGCUGCACCCACAACUGAAGCACCCACAACUGCAGCAGCAACAACUGCUGCACCUACAACUGCAGCACCCACAACUGCACCAGCAACAACUGCUGCACCAACAACUGCAGCACCCACAACUGUGGCAGCAGCAACUGCUGCACCUACAACUGCACCAGCAACAACUGCCGCACCCACGACAGCAGCAGCAACAACUGCAGCAGCAACAACGGCUGCACUUACACCUGUCGGACCUACGACCGCAGCAGCAACGUCUGCUGCACCCACUACGUCAGCACCCACAACUGCAGCAGAAACAACUGCUGCGGCCACAACUGCCGCACCCACAACGCCAGCACCCACAACUGCAGCAGUGACAACUGCUGCACCUACAACUGCUGCACCAACAACUGCUGCACCUACAACUGCUGCACAAACAACUGCUGCGCCCACAACUGCCGCGCCUACAACUGCCACACCAACGACGUCAGCACUCACAACUGCAGCAGCAACGACUGCCGCACCUACGAGUGCAGCACCCACAACUGAACCAGCAACAACUGCAGCACCUACAACUGCUGCACCAACGACUGCCGCACCCACGACCGUAGCAGCAACAACUGCACCGGCGACAACUGCAGCACCUACAACUGCUGCACCAACAACUGCAGCACUAACGGCCGCAGCAGAAACAACUGCUGCAUCCACGAUGUCAGCACCCACAACUGCGGCAGCAACAACUGCUGCACCUACAACUGCUGCACCAACAACCGCUGCACCCACGACUGCAGCAGCAACAACUGCAGCAGCUGCAACGGCUGCACUUACAACUGUCGGACCUACGACCGCAGCAGCAAUGUCUGCUGCACCCACGACGUCAGCACCCACAACUGCAAGCCGGACGUCUAUCAAAAGAAACUUCUCCUGCUGAAGUAG